CUGGCUGUUGUCCUCCGUCCCGUCCGCCUAGGGGCGGUGUGAUGUGAGAGGAGCCCCGCGGCUUCUCCUCCCCGUCGCGGCUGCUUCUCCCCCCGCCGCCUUCAGCGGGGUGCGGAGGCCAUGUUCCCCUUGGACUCCACCUGGAAUAUCUCCUUCGCCGGCUGCGGCUUCCUGGGGGUCUACCACAUCGGGGUAGCCAGCUGCCUGCAGGAACAUGCCCCCUUCCUCGUCACCAAUGCCAGGAAGGUCUAUGGCGCCUCAGCCGGGGCGCUCACCGCCACCGCCCUCGUCAGCGGCGCCUGCCUCGGUGAGGCUGGCGCCAGCAUUAUUCGAGUGUCAAAAGAAGCCCGGAAGAGGUUCUUGGGCCCACUCCACCCAUCUUUCAACUUGGUGAAGAUCAUUCGGAUCUGCCUGUCCAAGACCGUGCCAGAGAAUGGGCAUGAGGUUGCAGCGGGACGUUUGGGUAUUUCCCUGACGCGGGUCUCUGAUGGGGAAAAUGUCAUACUGUCAGACUUCAAUUCCAAGGAGGAGCUGAUCCAGGCCUGUGUCUGCAGCACCUUUAUCCCUGUCUACUGUGGGCUGAUACCUCCAACCUUGCGUGGAGUGAGGUACGUUGACGGAGGGAUUUCUGACAACUUGCCACGAUAUGAGCUGAAGAACACAAUCACGGUGUCUCCAUUUUCAGGAGAGAGUGAUAUCUGUCCACGGGACAGUUCCACAAACAUGCAUGAGCUGAGAGUCACCAAUACAAGCAUACAGUUCAACCUUCGCAACCUCUACCGCCUCUCAAAGGCCCUGUUUCCUCCAGAGCCGCAGGUGCUGCGGGAUAUGUGCAAGCAGGGCUAUCGGGAUGCACUGCACUUCCUGAAGAAGAAUGGUCUCCUUCAUCGUCCAAGUCCUGCCCGUCCUCUCCUUGCCAUAGAAGCCCCCCCAGGAGAAAAGAAAGAGGAAGAAACAGAAGCUGAGGACCAACUAGAGGACAAUGCUGCCCUUGCUGUUGUUGAAGAGCACAUCUUCGAACACUUGCCUCCCAGACUGAACCAAGCUCUUCUGGAGGCUUGUGCUGAAAGAAGAAGUUUCUUGACUGGCAUCACCAACAUGCUGCCUAUACGUGUGGCCACAGCAAUGAUGGUCCCCUAUAUGCUGCCUCUGGAGUCUGCAGUUUCCUUCACUGUCAGGUUGCUGGAAUGGCUCCCAGAUAUCCCUGAGGAUAUUAGAUGGAUGAGGGAGCAGAUGACUGAAAUCUGCAACUAUCUUGUGAAGAAAGCCAAGAAGAAACUGGGCAGCCAUCUUUCAGCCAGGCUUUACUAUCACCUCGAGCUUGGAGGGCCCCAGAGCCUGCCAAUUUCUUCCACAUCAGCUUGUGGCGAAGCACUGCCUAUGUGGAUGAGAAGCAACCGUUCCCUGUCUGAUGUCAUGAUGAAGUGGGAUGAGUACCAGCGCCAGCUCAUGCUGGGCUUACUCUGCCUCAACAUGGACAUGCAGGCCUCCCUCUUCCCUCGGGAAGGGUUUCAGAUAAAGCUUCCACCUCUAGACUGUGCGAAAGAGUGCCUGCCACUCUUCUGAGCCUGCUGCUGUG